CAGUGGAGCUGGACUACCAGCGUGAGAACACGGUGUUGUGUUACGCUCUUGUCGCUGACCUGGUCACACCAGUUGUGUCGCUGACGGCGUAGGGCGCUGUCAUCACCACCAGUGUCCCUCACAUCUCUGCCAGUAUACCAUCAUGGCCUCCCAGGAUAAAAAGAAACCCAUUGCUUUCGUGACGCGUGUGGAGAGCUUCAGUGCUUGUCACAGGCUCCACAGCAAACUACUGAGCGAUGCUGAGAACAUGAAGAUCUUUGGCAAAUGCAACAACCCUAAUGGCCACGGACAUAACUACAAAGUGGAGGUGACUGUGUGUGGACCAGUAGAUGCUGUGACAGGAAUGGUCAUGAAUGUGACUGACUUGAAGACUAUCAUCAACACUGUGGUCAUGGACACAAUGGACCACAAGCAUCUCGACCAAGAUGUUCCCAAAUUCAGGGAUACCAAUCUGGUGAGCACGACUGAGAAUGUAGCUGUUGUGAUAUUUGAAGGCAUUAAAGACCAUUUGCCUGAUCAUGUGGUUUUACAUGAAAUUAAAAUUCAUGAGACUGACAAAAACAUUGUGGUCUUCAGAGGAAGCUACAAAUAAAUAGCCUCUACUUUUUUUUUU